GCCAAUGUACAUCAUUGGACGCAUACUUACACUUGCUUGAGUGUUAUGUAACUAACUAGUUACUUGAAUGUUGCCUUUUCUACUACUCUACUUGUCUAGCUAGCAACUCACUUUUGUUAGCACAAGCUGGACAAGAUCUUGUGAAUAGAACAACAAGCGACUGGUUGAAAGUGUUUGUGUAUAACUAUUCUCGUGGCCCUUUUAGCAACAUAGACCAUGGACAAGCAUGGUGGAAGUAAGACAAACGGAUCUGGGCCUGAGCUGAACGUGGUUGACGAUGAAGUCUGCCAGCUGACGCAGCAGGUAACUGACUUUCGGCGAAAUCGCUUAGAGCGUCUUCGUGACUUGGACCUGUUCGUCUUGGACAAUUCUUUACGCGAGAGCACAGUGGGCCAACUGCGUAGCCAUACGAUGGAGAACAAGAUCGCCAUCUACGACCAGGUGAAGAAGUGUGGUAUGACGCACAUCAUUGUGGCGUGCUUUGCCCACAUGACUCGUGUGGACGACGACUUCUGUCAGUACCUGUUAGACAAGGGUGAGGACAUGAGCAACCACUACUCGUUCUCCGAAGUCACAGAGGGCUUGUCGGGUGGACGUUAUGACACAGAGCGAAUCCCCGUAGCCUGUCUGAAGAAUAAGAAGUAUGGUGUGAGGAACACGAUCUUUGAGAUCGACUUGGCGAAUGUAGACUGUGAGUGGGACACAAAGUGGACUAUAGAGGACCAGUGUCAGCUGAUGAUGAAGUAUUUCCGAUGGACCAGACGUGAGGUGCACCCAUCUGCCAAGCUCAUGAUUAACUUGCGAGACUUUGCCGCAGCCAUGGCACAGGCACCAGGUCGCGUGCUUGAGGUUGUCCGAUUUCUGGCUUGCCUACCUACUGAAGAGCGUAUAUUUGGUAUCGUCUAUGAAGACCUUGGGGAAUCACUUCCUGAGGAACUGGGAUUGUGGACAAAGAGCGUCAGAAAGGUGAUGGACGCCUGCGGCUGGGCAGAUGGACACUUGUUGAUUCAUGUUCAUGAACAGUGGGACUUCCAGACUGCGUCCACCAUGCGUUGUCUCCAGUAUGGAGCGAAUGGAGUAUGGGCAAGCGUGUGUGAGGAGGGAGCAGCAGUUGGCCACGCUUCAUCGACAGUGACCGUCAUGAACUUGGUGAGACUGGGCAACACCAAAGUUCUGGAGAACUAUCAAUGUGUGGAAAUGAGAAGUGCAGCUAGAGAGGUGACUAAGAUCACCACUGGCUCCUACCCUUCACCUAGACAAGUUCUGUAUGGUGAACGAGCCUUGGAUAUGGUGUUCGGCUUCCCAGUCACCGUCAUGCGCCAGUUCGACAUGGGCAAGUUCUUUGGUGUUCAACCAGAGAAGAGAAUCACUACCCUGGCAUCUCCAGAGAUGAUUCUGGAAAAGCUGGUCGAAAAGUUCGGUGAAGAUCCUCAGUUCACAAUCGACAUUGCCAAGGCCAUGAAGGAGACGAUCCUGGAUGAUGUUCGCUCCGGUCGCAAAGAGGAGUACAUGAGCAAGUUUGGCUUGGCUGUCUUGUUCGACCGCUCGGGUGGUCAGCUAUCGGCGAAAAUGAGAGAUAUCUUGGCAGCUGUGGGUGCUGACAAUGAAACUCACAAACGGCUCAUUGCUGAAGUGAAGGAGCUGUGGGACAAGUGGGAUCUGAAUGACGAGAUCCAGGGUGAUGAUCGCUUGCAGUUUGAUUCAUUCUACCAUGGGUUCAUGGCACCGUACUUUGGCUGCUACCGCUGUACUACUACAAAGAAAGCAUUGCGAGCACUGGAUAUGGACAGUGAUGGCUUUGUGGACUGGGAUGAGUUUGCGAUCUACCUGAAGUGGGCGCUCUGCCAGUAUCCAGAGGUGUGCAGUGCUGACGACUUGCUAGACAUAACCUUCCAGAAGGGUCUGAUUCCAGCCAUGCGCGAUGUACAGCUGAUGGAGGAGGCCACACAGGAUAGGAGAGACAGCCUUGCGGCUCUGCGCUUCCUGGAUGGCCGAUCGCCGACAAUGGUGUGAGCAUGGUAUUCUAGUUACGAGUAUGUCUCUGAUAGGCAUUGUUCCAUUGUCUCCACGGCCUUAGGUUUGCAUAUUUCCUGUCUCGCUGCUCUGGACAAUAGAAAUCACUCUGCUCAUUGCGUGUCCUGGCCUAGCUCUCCUGCAUACACUGCGGCAGGACUUGGACGCCUGCAGGCAAGUGUAGACAAUGUCAGUGACUUGAUCGAGGAAUCUUCAGAUUGCCAUAUAUGGCGUGUCUGUUGGAAUAUCCAUGGUAGUUGGUUUAGUUCACGACUAGAGAUUUGCAACCACCCACGCAUACCAUGUUGCCAAGUCUGUAUAGUAUUGCUCAUGUUUGCAGCAUUUGAAAAAUCCCUGCGUGGAGAAAGCAAUUUCAAUAAUAGAGCAAUCAAGAUUUGGAGCAUUUUUUCCGUUUUUGUGGAGCAAUGGCCCAGCCUGGUGCUCGCUGGAUAAUUCUCUGUGUAUAUCUUGUUGGUAUGCACUACAUGUACAGUAUAAUGCGUGGCACUCUUCGUGCUAAUGGCUGUUAUGCAUGCAUGUGCCCAUGCCAUAUUAGUUUUUAAAAAAAUCACCACCUCUGCAAAUGCAAUAGCCUCAGCUAGGGUGAUAGCCUCAGAAUGUACUUUUGGAUACUAGUAGCCAAGUGCUCACCUCGUGCAGCUAGCUGGAUAGUUAUCUUCGCCUUCAGUGUUUAUGAUUUCAGUUAUCAGCUUAUCAGGCUGAAGUUGGUUUUGGUGGCUGCUGCUGGAUCACUUUAGCGUGAAGCAAGUAAUCCCAACAAGUAAAUUGGUAUUAUUAUUCUGUUCACAAAGGUGCAGUCAUGAUGA